GUUUGGUUCAACCAAUAAUUAUAAUCGAAGUCGGUUUGUUUCGGUGCGGUGAAAACUUGCAUUAAAUAGACAGACCACUUCUAUUAAUGUACAUACAUAGGAGUGUUACAGAGAGAAGAGAGUUAAAGAGUAGUAACUGUCCCACCUCGAAAUGCUCCAGUCCCCUCGUGACUUUUUCUACGAGUCCCAUCAUCUUCGCCUCCUUCAUCUUCACGGCACAUUUCGAUGAAAAUAAAUAAAAAGCUUUACCUUUGUCUCUCUCUUACGUUUUCUCAAGUCUCUCAGGACUCAUUCAUUCUUUUAAGUCUCUCAAGCCUCUUCCUCUAUCUCUAGACGUGUAGAAGGCUUCAAAAAGAUACUGAAGACGAUUCUCUCUGCGCAAUGCGCACUCUCAAAUCUGUUCUGUAGAAUCUAAAAAGCAUUUUCACAAAUGAGUGUGUGAGCCAAUCAUAGCAACUUCCUCAAGUAUGGCAGAGAGGAAACUGAACUUGGAAGCACCUCUUCUUUCAACAAGGCGGAUUCAGAAGACAUCAGCUGUCUCUGUGCGUAGAAACAAGACAUUUGACUUCACUCAUGAUGAUACUUCCUCUGUUCCAGUUCUUGUACCAGAUAUGGGUUUAGAUCACUUCACCGAGUCUGCCUCUGUUCCUUUCACAUGGGAGCAAGCUCCUGGGAAAUUAAAAGGAAAUGAUUCCACCACAACUCAUGAAGUCUUCACACCGUGUCUUCCUCCAGGGAAAGCCAUUGAUAGAAACCUGAGUUCAAAGACUAAACAAGUUGAUGAAGAGGAAGAGUCAGAGGAUGUGUUUUCUGAUGCUCGUGAUACACUCUCUCCAAAGGAUUCGUUCUCUGUAAACCAAAGCAUAAGUGGUGUGAGUGGUUAUGGUGUUGUUGCUGAAAAGAAGAAAACGCUAAACCCUUCUGAUGAUCCUCAAUCUCGGGACUUCAUGUUGAAUCGUUUUUUACCAGCUGCUAAGGCUAUGACUGUGGAGCAGACUCAUUAUGCUUUGAAUCGAAAACCAUCUAGUUGCAUGUCUGAACCAACGUUACAGAUAAGAGAGUUAGUACCGGAGGAGAAGCGGCAAACUUCUAAAAGGUAUGAUGAGUCUUUAGUCUUGCCUUGUUAUGACCACCAACACAUAGAUGAUGAAGAAAGCGAGGAGGGUGAUGAUGAAGUUUCUGAGUAUGCUUAUCUUCCAAGGAGAGGUUGUGGCAUGUUGCCACAGUUGCGCUUUAAAGAAUCUCUAGGUAUGCUAAACACAGUGCCUGGUUUUAAAACCAAACGCAAUGAUCAAGUCAAGUCAAGCAAGGUUUCUCAACUCAAAUCUCGAUUCCAAUCUGUCAAACAGCUGGCUCUUGAUUCAGUUUCGAAGCAGAAGUUGAGUGGUAAAGUUCAAUCUCCGGUUCAUCCUAGCAUGGGGAAGAAGUUCAACUCUGCAUCAAACCUAAGUUGUGCUGCAAGUAGGUCUUCAUCUCCUUACAGACACCCUAGAUGCAUGUCACCAUUCCGCACUGCAAACGCCACGUGUUUCCAUGACACUCGUAAGGAGACCGAGAACCUGAGAGCUAACAGGUUGAACAAGCAUAUUAGAAACAUAAGCAGCUCUCAGGAAUUACUCUAUUCAAAAGACAACGGUUCCACCAGCUCUCUCUUGGAGAAGGCAGUAUAUGUAGACAUGGAGGAAGCAGAGAAGAAACCAUACACCAAUCUUGAGCAUGAAGACUUCGAGAAUAUUAGUAUUAAAAGCGGGAAAGAUCGGUCUCCUCUUGCACCACCGUCGCCCAAGAAGCCUUCUGAGUCUUGGCUUUGGCAUAAUCUGCCUUCAGUAACAUCUCAGAUACCUUCGCGUAGAUAUCGGUUCAAUCCUCAAAAGCAGGAUCUUAAUGACAACUCCAGGAAUGUUUCCAAGUGGGAAACUAUUGUAAAGACUUCAUACAUGCACAGAGAUCAUAUCCGAUUUUCCGAAGAACUGGUUGCUCAUACAUCUCUUCCAUGAGAGUGAGUGAGAGAUGUACCUCCUCAUAAUCAUCAGGUUUAUUAUAGAAGCGUUUCAACUUCAUUAGCAGUUGCUGGAAUAUAGUUAUUUCUUUCACCGAUGUAAAAGUAAGUCUGUGAUUGUGCAGCUGAGUUUACCUAAUAAGAAUCACUCAUCUUUGGCUUAAGCAAAUAAACUCGAUUCCUCAGUA